GCCUUCACUAGGAAGCUGUUGGAAGAAUGCUGCGACCCCGGGCAGCUCUUUGCUAUGACAAAGCUGAACUCCCCGAUGGGAAAGAACCUCUGGUUUGAUGGGGAAUUUUUAUAUUCUUUCACUAUUGACAAUGCAACUUACUCUCUCUUCCCACAGGCUACUCCCUUCCAGCUGCCACUGAAGAAAUGCUCCGUGGUGGGAAACGGUGGGAUCCUGAAAAAGAGCGGCUGCGGCAAACAAAUAGAUCAAGCAGAUUUUGUCAUGCGGUGCAACCUUCCUCCUCUAUCCAGUGAAUACAGCAAGGACGUUGGAUCGAAAACCCAGCUGGUGACUGCAAAUCCCAGUAUAAUUCAGAAAAGGUUCCAGAAUCUGCUGUGGUCUCGAAAAGCGUUUGUGGACAGCGUGAAGGUGUAUAACCACAGCUACAUCUACAUGCCAGCAUUCUCGAUGAAGACGGGGACAGGACCCUCCCUACGUGUCUAUUACACCCUGGAGGACUUCGGUGCCAAGCAGGCGGUCCUUUUUGCCAACCCCAAUUUCCUGCGUGACAUUGGCAAGUUCUGGAAGAGCAAAGGUAUCCAUGCCAAACGGCUUUCCACGGGACUUUUCCUAGUCAGUGCCGCCCUUGGUCUGUGUGAAGAAGUAACAAUUUAUGGCUUCUGGCCAUUCUCGGUGGACCUGCACGGGAAGUUUAUUAGCCAUCAUUACUAUGACAAUGUCUUGCCCGAUUCUGGAUUCCAUGCCAUGCCGGAGGAAUUUCUACAGCUCUGGUUUCUUCAUAAAAGUGGUGUACUGAGAAUGCAGCUAGAACCAUGUGAGGACCCUUUAAUCCAGUCUUCUGCCUGAGGAUUGUAGGAGUCGGUUUGGGAGAUCCAGUAGUUUUUAAUUUCCAUGCUCUCCAACAGAGAGUUCUGUUUUCUGUUGAUUCUUUUUAAAGGGAAAAUAAUCGUGGAUCUGCAUGGACCAUAAAAAUGCUACUUGAAGGCCAAAUGGAAUACGUCCUUAAUGUAUAGUGCUUUAUGGAACUGGGGUGGGGGAAAGCGAAUCUCUCCAUUGAGUCCAUUCAGCAGCAUUAUGAAAGUAAUGUCAGAAGCA